CGCCUCCCAGAGGCUCCUCGAGGAAACGCCAAAGCCCCGCAAGCCUCUCACAUAGCCGCCGCCAGAGGCCCUGCCCCGAGGCCCCGCCCAUUUCCCCGAGGGACGUCCGGGAGCUGGAGUCCGCACGCGCAUCAGGAGCGGGGCUUCGGAAAGCGGGACUACAGCUCCCAGAAGGCAGUGGGGCUCCCGCGACUGCGCAGUGGCGCUCCCCUUCCUGCACCCCCCCCCCCCCCCCCCCCCCACCCCUUCCUCGCUCCUCCGCCGCCCUGGCUUUCUCUAGCUUCAGCAGCCGCGGGAGCCGGAGCCGGGCCGGCGCUCUAGUCUGGGCCGCGGCCGCCCCCGUCCUUGUCAGGCGCUGCGGGCUGAGGACUAGGGCCGUCAUGGAGACCUCCGGAGGCGGGGCGCGCUGAGACCUCGGGCCCCCCGGGGGGCGCCUCCGUCCAGCGCAUUCCAGGUGAAGAGCCCAUUUCUGGUGCCUCGAGGAUCGGGGUCUUGCCGGCUGAGACAUGGCUCACCUGAGGGAGUUUGCGAACCAGCAUUCUCGAGUGGAUCCCGAGGAGCUCUUCACCAAGCUUGAGAGGAUUGGAAAGGGCUCCUUCGGGGAGGUGUACAAGGGCAUCGACAACCGCACCAAAGAGGUGGUGGCCAUCAAAAUCAUCGACCUGGAGGAGGCCGAGGAUGAGAUCGAGGACAUCCAGCAGGAGAUCACUGUCCUGAGCCAGUGUGACAGCCCCUACAUCACACGCUACUAUGGCUCCUACCUGAAGAGCACCAAGCUGUGGAUUAUUAUGGAGUACUUGGGUGGUGGAUCGGCCUUGGAUCUGCUAAAGCCUGGGCCUUUGGAAGAGACCUACAUUGCCACAAUCCUGCGGGAGAUCCUCAAGGGAUUAGAUUACCUCCAUUCUGAAAGGAAGAUCCACCGAGACAUCAAAGCUGCCAACGUACUUCUCUCUGAGCAAGGCGAUGUGAAGCUGGCAGACUUUGGUGUGGCCGGACAGCUCACGGACACUCAGAUCAAGAGGAACACCUUCGUGGGGACCCCUUUCUGGAUGGCGCCAGAAGUCAUCAAGCAGUCUGCUUACGACUUUAAAGCGGAUAUUUGGUCCCUGGGAAUUACAGCUAUUGAGCUGGCCAAAGGAGAGCCUCCCAACUCAGACCUUCAUCCCAUGAGAGUUCUCUUCCUGAUCCCCAAAAACAACCCUCCCACCCUGGAGGGGCACCAUAGCAAGCCCUUCAAAGAAUUUGUGGAAGCUUGUCUCAAUAAGGACCCUCGCUUUAGGCCUGCAGCCAGGGAGCUCCUGAAGCACAAAUUCAUCACUCGCUAUACCAAGAAGACCUCCUUCCUCACGGAGCUGAUCGAUCGAUACAAGCGCUGGAAGUCGGAGGGCCGGGGGGAGGAUUCCAGCUCCGAGGAUUCUGAUAUUGAUGGAGAUGCAGAGGAUGGUGACCAGGGCCCCAUCUGGACCUUCCCCCCAACCAUUCGCCCGAGCCCCCACAGCAAACUGCACAAAGGAGUGGCCCUGCAGGCCUCACAGAAGUCUGCAGAGCCUAUCAAACGGCAGCCACGGUCCCAAUGCCUCGCCACCCUUGUCCGGCCCGUCUUUGGAGAGCUCAAAGAGAAGCACAAGCAGACUGGAGGCAACGUGGGAGCCAUGGAGGAGCUGGAGAAUGCCUUCAGCCUUGCUGAGGAGUCUUGCCCUGGCAUUUCCGACAGACUGAUAGCACAUCUGGUGGAACGGGUCCAGAGGUUCUCCCACAGCAGGAACCACCUGACGUCUGCCCGCUGAUGGGCACCGGGAGGGAGGCCAGCCAUGGGCUUUUCCCCGACUUUCUAAGAACUGACCUCAAACCCCUUGGGUUCUGCAUCCGGGGGCCCCAUUGCAGGAGCUACUGGGCCAGGCUCCACGGCUGCCUUCGGAUGCAUCAGUUGGUGGACAGCCAUUGUUGUCGUAAUCAUCGUCAUUGUGUCUUAUUCCUGUUCUAAGUGAAGCUCAUGAAAGGCUGGGACAAUCCCCACCCAUGGGGAGGGGUGGGGCGGGGCAGUCAGGACUGGCAGGGCCAGGGGCACGGUCUGCCUGGCUCCCUGAGUAGAAGCUGAAUCAAGCGACUGGUCUUUAUUUGGUCAUGUUCUAGGAAAAUUUGGGAACCUUUGUCCAGUGCCUGGCAGUCUGGCCGCCGCCCUUGCAGGGAGGUUGAAGAGCCAAUGCGGCCUUUUAGGAACCUGGGGUUGCUCUCCCCAGGCAGCCCGCUGCCCUCCCCCUGCCAGGGUGCUAAAAGUGGUUCCUGGGAGGAGGGGCAGGAGCCCUGUGUGCCCUGCCCCCCUUGCCAUGCUGACAGCGAAUGAGGCAUGGCAGCAAUGGGCCAGCGAAGGAUGACUCCCCGCCCCAGCCCUGCACACACGGUCUCCUGUGGGGGCUCAGACCUUGUCCUGUUUGUGAUGGUAGUAGAUGCCUUUGUGCUAUUUAAUCGGGCCCCUUGUGUUCUUUCUCCACGUACCAGAAUCACCCCGAAGGAGGAGGUUUUGGUGGUGGUUUGUUUUGUUUCCUUCAGUAUUCAAAGACAAAGAUGUCGGUUUUGAAAGAGCAUUGAAAGGGACUGGCCACUUUCAAUAAAGAAAUUACCUGAGACCGUG